AUGUCGAUUGCAAAUAAAACGAUAUCAAACAAAAUGAGGUUACAAGGAUCUUUAAGUAAAAAUGGAACAGGACGUGUUGAAGUGUUCUUCAAUGGACAAUGGGGAACAAUCUGUGAUGAUGGAUGGGAUUUCAAAGAUGCUAGAGUUGUUUGUCGUCAACUUGGUUAUCAAGAUGCUGUUAGAGCUCUUCAGGGAGGUCAGGUUCCUGAUGGUUCUGGACGGAUAUGGUUAGAUGAGGUUGGAUGCAAAGGAAUAGAGCAAAAUUUGAUAAGUUGUUCUAAUAGAGGAUGGGGAAAACAUGAUUGCAGGCAUUCCGAAGACGCUGGAGUAGAAUGUUCUUCAACAGGCAAAGCCUAUAAAACGCUGAGAUUACAAGGAUCUUUAAGUAAAAAUGGAAUUGGACGUGUCGAAGUGUUCUUCAAUGGAGAAUGGGGAACAAUCUGUAAUGAUGGAUUGUAUUUCAAAGUUGCUACAGUUGUUUGUCGUCAACUCGGUUAUCAAAAUGCUGUUAGAGCUCUUCAGGGAGGUCAGGUUCCUCCUGGUUCUGGACGGAUAUGGUUAGCCGAGGUUGGAUGUACAGGAAUGGAACAAAAUUUGACAAGUUGUUCUUAUAGAAGAUGGGGAGAAAAUGAUUGCAGUCAUUACGAAGACGCUGGAGUAGAAUGUGUUUCAACAGCUGAUAUAACGCUGAGGUUACAAGGAUCUUUAAGCAAAAAUGGAACAGGACGUGUUGAAGUUUUCUUCAAUGGACAAUGGGGAACAAUCUCUGAUUAUGGAUGGGAUUUCAAAGAUGCUAGAGUUGUGUGUCGUCAACUUGGUUAUCAAGAUGCUGUUAGAGCUCUUCGUGGAGGUCAGGUUCCUCAUGGUUCUGGACGGAUAUGGUUAUGCGGGGUUGGAUGCAAAGGAAUGGAGCAAAAUUUCAUAAGUUGUUCUCAUAGUGGAUGGGGAGUAAAUUAUUUCAGUCAUUACGAAGAUGCUGGAAUAGAAUGUGUUUCAAAAGACACAAAUAAGUGA